CACAGAAGGCACCACUACCACUGCGCUCGGGUCCGUCUCUUCUCUCCAUCCCCCUCUUUGAUUGAGUUUGUUUUGGUUCUCUCUUUCUUUUCUUUACUUUCCGUUUUCUUUCUUCUUUCUUCCUCAAUGUCGUUACUCUCUCUCCUCUUCCUCUUCCUCUCUUCCUCUCUCCAUCACUCGCUCUUGUUACGGGCUCCAGCGCUGUGAUCCUUGCAAGGCUACUUCUGUGCAUGUGUGUGAGUGAGUGAGUGUGUGUGUGUGUCUGUGUCCAUCUCCCAUCUUCUCUCACCGGAUGGUGGAUAUGAGAUCCAGCAGGACUUCCAACAAGCCGGCCUUGGUUCCGUGCCUGCCACGCAACGCGGCCCCUGUCACAGAGCUCAGUGAACAGAGUAGAAACAACCGAACGAUCAUCUUGUUCUCACUCCAAUCUCACCGCGUUGAGAAUUCAAUUUCAAGCUGCCUUCCUCUCAUUCCACCACCGGUCAUCAUGGACCAGCAGGCUCAGCCGGCGCCGCAGCGGGCCAGCCAGCAGACCGGCGGGCCCCCGGAGGCCCCGGACCCCCGGGAGGAGACCACGGACACGGAGGACAACGACGAGGAGGAGCUGGGCGUGCUGGACGACCAGCGCAGCGUCAUCCUGCACCUCCUCUCGCAGCUCAAGCUGGGGAUGGACCUCACGCGGGUUGUUCUUCCCACCUUCAUCCUGGAGAAGCGCUCGCUGCUGGAGAUGUACGCCAACUUCAUGGCGCACCCGGACAUGUUCCUGUCCAUCACGUGGGGCGUCAGCCCCGAGGAGCGCAUGGUGCGCCUGGUGGAGUACUACCUGACCGCCUUCCACGAGGGCCGCAAGGGCGCCGUGGCCAAGAAGCCCUACAACCCCAUCCUGGGGGAGAGCUUCCACUGCUCCUGGGCGGUGCCCUGUGACCGCGGGCGGCCCCUCCUCCGGAAGGGCGGAGGAGGCUGCGGCACGGGACCCGGCUCCGCCCCAAACCCCACGUGUUUCGUGGCGGAGCAGGUGUCCCACCACCCGCCGGUCUCCGGGUUCUACUGCGAGUGCCGGGAGAGGAAGAUGUGCGUCAACACCCACGUGUGGACCAAGAGCAAGUUCAUGGGCAUGUCGGUGGGCGUGUCCAUGGUGGGGGAAGGGGUCCUGUAUCUGCUGGAGCAUGACGAGGAGUAUGUGUUCACGCUGCCGUGUGCUUACGCCCGCUCCAUCCUCACGGUGCCCUGGGUGGAGCUUGGGGGAAAGGCCACCAUCAGCUGCAACAAGUCUGGUUAUGUCGCCUCCAUCAACUUCCACACCAAGCCCUUCUACGGAGGGAAGGUUCACCGAGUGACGGCGGAGGUGAAGAACAACCACACGGGGGCUGUGGUGUGCAAGGCCCAGGGCGAGUGGAACGGCACCCUGGAGUUCACCUACAGCAGCGGAGAGACCAAGGUGAUUGACACCACCAAGCUGCCAAUCAUCAAGAAGAAAAUCCGGCCCCUGGAGAAGCAAAGCCAAUACGAGUCGCGGCGUCUUUGGCAGCACGUGACCGCCUCGCUAAAGACGGGCAACAUGGAGGACGCCACGGAACACAAGCACCGGCUGGAGGAGCGCCAGCGCAGCGAGGGCAAGCAGAGGGCGGCCGCCAAGACGCCCUGGAAACCCAAGUACUUCAUCAAGGAGGGGGAAGGAUGGGUGUACCACAACCCUCUGUGGAAGGCCCAUUGACCACAAUGUGUGAUUGUGUGUGUGUGUGCGUGUGCGUGUGAGUUCUAUCUCUACUCAAGUCAAACAGCAGCAACCACAUCUCGAAGGGCCACUACGAGUCUGGAGGGUUCGGCCGUGGAUGGAGUGGAAAUAUGGGUUCCCCACAAUGAAGAACCGGAAGAAGCAGUAUUUUAAAUGUCUCAGCAAGACAUUCGUGCCAGAACGAGAAUGUGCCAAAGAGAAAGGGUUAAAAGAGAGAGAAAUAGUGAGAGGGAGAGUGCGAAAGAGAGGAUUCCGAGCUAGAUUCCGAGCUUGCUAAGGGUCCUGAGAUAGAGAUGUGACUGAGUGACUUAAGCCGGAGAGGUGUUACUAGUAUUUUAGUUUUUAUACACCGUAAUUCUAAAUAGCAGAUCUCCUAUGUUUUCAGUUAUUUGCACAAAUGUAUGGAACAGCAGUGCCACUCAGUGUUUUGCACAAUUCACUGUAUAUAGAGUACAAAAUUCACAAAGUAUUUAAAUAACGUGUAGUUUCAUGCCUUUGGUGUAUGGUAAAAAAAAUAUAAAUAAAAACGCUAAAUACUUUUUGAAAAAAACGUAACUAAACCAACCAUAAAUACACUGAAUAUGUAGCGAGAAUGGGUUAGAGAAUGUAAUAAGAUGGGAUUGGAUUUUGGCUUGAAGCCAUUAUAUUUACCCAGCCUUUUUGUAAUAGAGAGUAAUUUCAUCUGAGCCCUACUGCGGUCUCUCUGCAGAGACAAACAAAGUAUUAUUAUGCUUUAUUUUCAUCCGGUGCAAUGUUUCAUCUCCCUGGCCUUCUCUGCAUCCAUUGGGUCGUAUUUAAAAUAAAUUAUUUGUCAUCAAUGAACAUCCAGACAGUCGGAGGCAAAACACAGAAGUUAGUAUCUUGGCCGUCGGUAAGAUCUAGUACUUCAUGAGAUGACAGUGAAAAAAAACACUAAAAAACAGACUGCCGUUUUAAGCCCCGCCAGCUGUCACAGAGGGUGUUGCUGUAGCCUACAAUGCGUGGAUGAGCCAUGUGUUGGUUUGCCUUACGUGAAAACUGCUAAGCACUGGAGGCCACUUUGUAGUCUGAAGAGUAUUUGGUAAUGAUGAGAUGGGUCACUUUAGGAACAGCAGUGCACUCUUCAUUUUAAAAGGAUAGUGUACUGAUAUUGUUGGUACUGCACUGAUCCCGUGGCUCAAGUCACUUCACUUCACCAUGAGAAGAACCCUAAACGGAGAGGCUCUCUGGCAGGCUAUCUAUUAAUAUAUAUUAAUAAUGUUCAUUAUUUUCUAAAGUGAAUGUUUCACGGGUGGCUGACACAGCAGCCUGUCCUGGUCACCCACUCCGUGCAGAGAUCAAACCUAUGCAACACUUUACUGUAGAAGCUUCCGGAGAACGGCUGCAGGAGCUUGAGAUUGAGAAUCUGGAGGAAACCAGUUUUGGUUUCAAAAUAAAAGUUUUAUGAUGAUGAUGAUCACUCAAUGAGCCCUUUGUCUGUGUUUAUUUGGCUGUACUUCAUUGUGAAAGAAAUGUGAGAAAAAAAUAAGAAUAAAUGAAAAUAAAGUUUGGGUCAAUAGGAAAAUUGGGUAAUUGCAAAUUGUUAGUUAAUGAGGAACUUAACCGGAAGACAAUAUUGGUAUAAAAUGUAGUCACAGAAAAUUAUGUU